UCCAUCGCCAUGCCUCCGCCCGCACCCGUCUCCGCGGGCGGGAAGCACCCCCAUCGCCCCGCCGUCGAGUGGGAGAAGGUGCUCUGGCGCCGCCAACCUUUUCCCGACAACUACGUGCCGCCCUCGUUCCUCGCCGAGCUCGACGCGUUGCCACAGCGCCCCAGGCCCAAGCUCCUUCCGCUCAUCCUCGCGACGCUGCCCGUGUCGCAGCAUCUUGCUGUCAUCGCCCUCUUCCUGGCCAUCUUUUACGGGAUGCUCGUCGGCAACUUUGGCGCCGCCGAGGUCGGGUGGGCGUGUGCGACCGUCGGCGUGGUCGCGUAUGGUCUUUGGCGUGUGGGGUGGGAGGCGGCGAAGAAGGAGAAUGUAGGCCCCCUCCUCCCCGCGACUUCGGCACUGCGUCCCCUUCUCCUCCCGCCGCUGCUGCUGGGUCUCCUCGCCCCCGUCCUCGGAACACUGACCUCGGCAACGACCAGCGACUCGAUCUGGCCCCUCGCCGGCCUCCUCUUCUUCGUGCACCUGCUCUUGACGGACUUCCGCACGGGCCCUGAUCGGCGGCGCAAGCGGCGACGAAGGAGGCGGAGCGUCAGCGGCGGCGGCCGCGACGAACCCGAGGAGAAGAGCCUCACAUCUUCCCUCUCACUCACCUCCGCGCUCUCCGCCAGCGUCGUGCUCGCCUCCCGCCUGCCGUCGACGGGACACGUCUUCUCACUCGUCAUGCUUGCCGCGGGCCUGUUCGCCGGCUGGCCGAACCUCGCCAAGGGCGUGCGGGAAGCGGGGCCUGCGUUCUCCGUCGCCCUCACCUUCUCCAUGAUAUGGCUGUCGGCGUCUCUCCUCCCCCCGUCGCGGCAUCCCACGACUCUCGGGCCCUUCCCCGUGCCGGGCGGGGCGGCGCGCGUGUUCUUCGCCGUCCUCCUCCUCGUCAAUGUUGGCGGGCCGCUCAUGCUCUGGUGGGGAUGGCGGUGGAAGCGAAGGUUAGGCGGCAAUUGGGACGCUGCAGUGGUUCGCGUGCGGAAGCGUGGCGGGUAGAUGAUAUGCACGACACGUUGACUG